GUAAAUGGAAGGUAUAGAGGACAUAGCCGAUCAUCAAUCGCAUAGCGAGCAAUUACUGGACUCGGUCGAUUCUCCAACGGCGAUUUCUACGCAGGGCCGCAUUCACAGGGGGGGUGGUGGUGCGAAUGGGAACUGUGUCGGUGGUGCUGCUACUUGUAGUGGUGGCGUUGGAGGAGGAAGAGGGGGUGGUGGUGGUGGUGGUAUCAGUGGUGGUGAUGGUGAACGUGGAAGAGGUGGGGUUGUUAGGCACCACGAGGGUGGUAGCAGUGGUGGGGGCGAGGUUAUGUCCGGCUCGUCGGCUUCACAAAGUCCCGACAUCGCGUGCGCGAGAAUCCCGCUGGAAUUGUUCGCGGCUGGUGCGCUCGGCUCCGUCAAGGAGGAGCGAGACCUCGCCGCCGCGGAGGAUCUGUCUUCGUCCCAAGAACCGCCGGCGGGUCGGCCGAACGCGAGGGAGUCCCUCUCGGUCAUCGUACCCCCGCAGGACGUCGACGUCGACUCGCGGGACGCCGAGUCGGAACUCCUCAGUCCUGGCAAACUUUCGCCGACCUCUGGCAUUAGUGUUUCCGUCGCGAGUAUGAUCGACGCGACGGAUUUUAGGGCGAUGCAGCCGGAGCCAACGUAUCAAACCCUGACCUCAGUGGCGGAGAGAAUGUCGCCGCCUGGUUUCAGUCCUGGAUCUUCGUACGCCACCUUGACGCCGCUUCAGCCGCUGCCGCCAAUCUCGACGAUGAGCGACAAGUUCGCCUAUGGAGGGCACGGCGGCAGUGGUGUUACUGGCAGUUUUGCCGUCAUGCAAAACAACGGCCUCGGGAACAUCGGCCUCGGAGGCAUGGGAGGCUCGCCUUACGCGUACGACAAACUGCCUUCGAUGGGAAUGUCGCCUCCGCACAAUUACCCUUCGCCUGGCGGAGGUCUUCAGCCGAGUCCUCUCUCGCCGCAGAGUGCUUACAGUCAGAGUGCUCUGAAUUCACCUCACAAAUCGGCGAGUCCGCACUAUGAGCCAGCUUUUUUACCCAGGUUGCAGCAGAGUCCCGCCGCACUGAGUCCGCCGUCGCCUCCGGUCUCGGUGGCACCCAGUUUCGCGCCAUCUCACCAUUCCCCGACCGCACUCUCGGUGCCGGCUGCCUCACCACCUCCUAUGCAGACGCAGCUUCAGCAGCAGCAACAGCAGCAGCAACAACAACAGCAGACGAUUCAGCAGCAGGCGAUAUCACACACGCAACAUGUGCAACACACGUCGGUCGUCAUGAAGACGGUGUCAACGGCGGGCAACGGGGCCGGAGAAGUCGAGGAGAUCAACACCAAGGAGCUCGCCCAGCGGAUAAGUGCCGAACUCAAGAGGUAUAGCAUACCUCAGGCGAUAUUCGCCCAGAGGGUCUUGUGUCGCAGCCAGGGCACCCUCAGUGACCUUCUGCGCAACCCUAAACCCUGGUCCAAACUCAAGAGUGGCCGGGAGACCUUUCGACGGAUGUGGAAGUGGCUCCAGGAGCCCGAAUUCCAGAGAAUGUCUGCCUUAAGACUUGCAGCGCUGAGCAACUGCUCUGAGAGCGGCGGUGACCCGGACGCCAUGCUGGAUAUCCAUCAUCCUGGAUCUGGAAUCGACUCUCAUCACCAACAGUUUCACAACUCAUAUGCUGCCCAAAUUCCACAGCGAGGAACAUGCAAGAGGAAAGACGAGAUGGCGAGCCAGGCAGAACACCAACAGCCCGCCCCCAAGAAACCCCGCCUGGUUUUCACAGACCUUCAGCGCCGUACUCUACAGGCUAUUUUUAAAGAAACGAAGAGGCCGUCGAAGGAAAUGCAGGUGACAAUAGCACGACAGCUGGGCCUGGAGCCCACGACGGUCGGAAACUUCUUUAUGAAUGCACGACGCCGUUCAAUGGACAAAUGGAAAGACGAGGACCCAAAAGCCCUUGCAGUUGAUGAAGGACAAUUGUCCCCAUCGCUUGGUAUUAGUCCACGACAAGCUUCUGACGUUUUGUGACAUACGUCCGACCACGAGGAGUAUCACGACGAGUCACCCGAAGAGGAUCUUCCUUUUUCGUAAAAAAAAUAACAUCAAAAACUCUCGUUGAAUUACAAAAAGAAAAUUGAUUUCAAAUUUCCUUCUCUUUUGAUAUUUCGAGGUGAUGAAUUUUUUUUCUCAACAUUCUAUUAUUAAUUG